AUGCUAAAUAACGUGGCAAAGGACGUUCCAGCCUACGCCUACGACCAGUUUAGCGAAAAGCUUGGAGUCAAGCACAACGAGGCCAGAAAUAUCUUGACAAAGUACCAAAGCGACUAUAAGGAGGCAACGAGGGAAUGCCUUGCGAAAUGGACGGAUAGAUCAACCCGUAGUGUGGCUGAAUUACAUGACGUUCUGAGAGCAGCUGAAUUGGGAGGUUUAAUCGGUAACUAUCUGAAGAAGAAUUCCAAGAGUAAAAAUGAAAAACUCCACAAUGCGUGUAUGGGCGCUCUUUUCGAGAUCUACGAAUCCAAACUUCCCGAAGGCCUGACGCAGGGGAAAACAGAUGUCGACUCACAGCAGAGGGCGCCGUCGGACACUGCGAAGUCCAGUGGACACAUCAUGCUCAGCUACAAAUGGGAACACCCAUCCAAACCUGUGAUGCGAGAGUUCAAGAAACAGCUGCGCAAAAGAGGUUACAACGUGUGGAUGGAUGAAGACCACAUGAUGGGUGAUAAAAUUGGUGCCAUGGCAGAAGCCGUAGAGAAUGCUGAUAUGAUCAUAGCUUGUAUCACACGUGGUUACCAAGAUAGUCAAGACUGCCGUACAGAAGCGUCUUAUGCUUACGAAUGCAAGAAGAAGAUUAUACCUGUGAAGGUGAAUGACUUCAAAGCUUCUGGUUGGCUAGGCGGUAUCACGGCAGGGAAGAUCUACUACAUGGUUCAGCAACCCGAGCAUGUCUCCGAGGUACUCUCCGGCAUCAUCGAAAAAGAAUUCGCAGUGCAGAAAGAAACGGUCCAGAACGUUAAAGCAGCUCCGGUAUGUUACUUACACUCUUCCUCGUCCCCAGAGCUAGAACUGAAUCCACCUCCGAUGGAAUCUCAAUUACCCGGAUGGGAUUCCAAGAAGGUCCAGGACUGGCUGGCAGCUAACAACGUCACAGCACGUAUAAACAAAGCUUUGAAAACUCUCAAUGGAACCCAGUUAUUGCAACUGAAGAAACUACUGGUCACAGUCCCACAAACUUUCUACCAGUCUAUGAAAGAUGAUCUUAAGGUCCCCUUUAUUGAUGUCCUAUCACUUGCUGCAGCUCUUGAGAAACUAAAUUAA